AAUGCACCAUGUGACAGCAGCUGUCAAAUUGCUCUCGAAAACAUCACACCAGACGUAAACAAAGCCUAUCCUUGGCAAGCAUAGCCACUUAUACGAUACGAAAACGAAAAUGGUGCUUCUAAACCACAAAAUUCUCCUCAUUUUCGUUUUCCUACCACUAGUCAGCAAUGCGAACGCCUUUCGGUUCAAGAGUUUAGAUUUCUACAUGCAACUGUGGAACGGUGAAUUCUUCGCGUCCAGUCCAUUCGGUGGGGGUUCGAGUGUAGAAAAGGCGAAGGACGAGAAAGUCGAAAACACCGAGCCAAGCACAGUUCCACCACCUGAACAGCGCAAAUGGUACCUAAGCUCGUGGUACGAUUACAUCACGUACUGGGACAAACUGUACUGCCCGCUGGUACAAAUCCAUCAGCAGGAGGAUGGUACGAGUCCGGACGGUAGUCGCAAAUCGCCACUGCGCGUAAAAUGCAAUCCGGUGGAAACAAACGGCACGCUCUUCAUCAUCACCUCGCCCAAGGACAUUGUGCAAGGGUUCCCGCACGGUGGCAAUGCAACCAAGCGGAACGAGGCGGGCCACUGUUUUCUGAUGCUGUUCUACACGCAAACCUGUAUCCACAGUGCGAUGGUGGCACCGCACUAUAACGCCCUGGCACGGCACUUUCCCGAUUUGCUGGUGACCGCGAUUGAUGCGUACAACUUCCAUUACCUAAACGGUGAGUUCGGAAUCGUGGGACUGCCCACGAUAAUGCUGUUCCACCAGGGACGUCCGCUGGUGAAGUACAACGGUACGGAGAUGACGCUCACGUCGCUGGCCAAGUUUGUCACCCGGCACACAGGCAUCGAACCACGGUUGGUGAACCAAAAGAGCAGCACCACGGUACUGCACUACAUAUCGGACGAUUUCAAAGGUCCACUGUCGAACAAGGUGGAGUACCGGACGGAUUACUGGCUGUAUGUCGCGUGGGCUUUCAUCCUUGUCUGCACGUGCUACUACUUUUCGAAAUCAACGCUGUACGCACAGAUCAUCGAGAUGAUCAAGCGAAAUUGGCGAGAAUCGGCAGCGCAGCAUAGUUAAGCAGGAAGGAGUACAAUCUAAUUCUGUUUCCUUCUGCUUAGUUGUUAUUGAUGUGUUGCGUUUAGUUUUAACGUAAAAUUAAAGAAAUAGACGUACCAAAUUGGUUCGACUUGUA